UUCUUCGCUUUCUCUUGUCAGAAACGAUAUUUUCAACAUCAAAUUUCAAAAGGAUAACUAUUUGAGAAUGUUAUAGAAUAAAGAUUUAAAUAAUUAUGAAUAGAUUAGCGUCUAUGACUAGGUGUUAUCUCACCACAUAUAGAAGUAGUGUUUAUAGAACGCCAUGCCAUAUACUAGUUCCAAAAAACACUUUACCGAAUGUAUUUACUAUUCGAGGUGCCCAUGAACAGAAGAAAAUUAGGUCUACUCUGAAUUAUAUGAUAGCGCUUGGUGUUAUGACUGUAGGUUUAAGUUACGCCGCAGUACCAUUAUAUAGGAUAUUUUGUCAGGCCUACAGUUAUGGUGGCACAACAGCUCAAGCAGAGGCCAAUGAGACAAUAAGUAAAAUGAAUGCUGUCAAGGAAAGGCCCAUUAAGAUAAGGUUUAAUGCUGAUGUGGCUUCUUCCAUGCAGUGGAACUUUAAGCCUCAACAAGUUGACAUAACGGUAGUUCCAGGUGAGACGGCUUUAGCAUUUUACACAGCUCGCAAUCCCACAGACAAACCGGUGAUUGGUAUUAGCACAUAUAAUGUGAUCCCUUUCGAUGCCGGACAGUAUUUCAAUAAAAUACAGUGCUUCUGCUUUGAGGAACAACAGUUGAAUCCUCAUGAACAGGUGGACAUGCCGGUGUUCUUCUACAUUGAUCCAGAGUUUAUGGAAGAUCCCAAGAUGGAAUUUGUCGAUGAAAUUGUGUUGUCUUACACAUUCUUUGAAGCUAAAGAAGGCUUGAAAUUACCAAUGCCUGCAUAUGCCAAGUAGUGCAUGGGGUGUACUUCAGCAAAAAAUGAUUUUUUAACUCAUUACGACGCCUUCUUUAUCUACUAAAGACUUUACAAGUGUGGGAAGGAUGAUGACACAUUUUUGAAAUAAUAGUCAAUAUCUAGAAUUAUGUGCUGUACAGAAAGUAGUGUAAUGUUAAUUUGUUUUAAAUAAAAUAUUUUGUUCAAAAA